AUGAGUUCCACCGUGCUCUCGUCUACGAUAAGAAACAUUACCAAAAUUCUGAGAGAAAACUUCAGGGGCAAUGUAGCCCAAAGUUCCCCUGGCUGCAGUCAUCGAGAAAAGGAUCCCCGCACUGAUGUAUCAGAGAAAAGGAUUGUUGGAAUGUUCCAUGAGCUCCUUCACCUUACACUUCAUAAACAAACUGAGCGCAAGAAUGUGAGCAACUUGCGUAGACCCCUGUCACUGCCCCGAAGAUGUGACUAUAUGGCCUCGGUCAUGACCGGUGGAGAAAGUUUUGAAGAAUAUUAUGAAACUGAGGAUGAUGAAAAGGAAAAUUAUUCCGAUCUAAAUGGAAAAUAUUCCAUGCAAAAUUGCAUAGAUAUCCUCAAAGAAACAUAUAACCAUAUUGGUACCGUGGAAUUUGGGUUUGCUAUAGAAUUGAUUAAAAAUCCUCAAAAUAGGAUCAUAGUUAUGAACUUACGAGAUACAAUUCAUGGUUUGGUUGCUUGGAUUCAUUAUGUAUAUGAUAUAUCGUUGAAUCAAAUGUUUUAUAAAGCAAUGGCUCAUGCUGGUGCAAUAGAAGUGAAAAAAGUACUCAAAGUAUAUAAAGGAUUUGAAGGGUUGUCAACACUGGUUGAUGUAGGAGGUGGAGUAGGAGAGACCCUGAAACUCAUUCUCUCUGCAUACCCUUCAAUUAAAGGGAUUAACUUUGAUUUGCCUCACAUGAUUCAAGAUGCACCUCCUCAUCCAGGUGUGGAGCAUGUGGGAGGAGAUAUGUUUGAAAGUGUUCCAAAUGGGGAUGCCAUUUUGGUAAAGUCUAUAUGUCACAACUGGGCAGAUGAAGAUUGUACAAAACUUUUAAGAAACUGUCACAAAGCUUUGCCACCACAUGGGAAAGUGAUUGUUUUGGAUUAUAUAAUUCCAGAGGUUCCCAAUUCAAGUGAUGCAUCUAAACAUAGUACUAUUGUGGACAAUCACAUGCUUUUAGCACAUGGAGGGAGGGAAAGAACUGAGAUUGAAUUUGAGAGCUUGUGCAAGAGUUCUGGUUUUUCCAAGUUUCAUGUUGCAUGUAGUGACAUAUCGGCUACUGUGGGAGUGAUGGAGUUCUAUAAGUAGAGUUUUUCGGUCAUU